GUGCCUUUCCCCUGUCACGAGGUAAACUAAAUUGGAAGCAGAAUUGGAAAAUAUGACAUGCUGAACAAGACCCAGUGACAUCAAGGACUAUGCAGUUAUCCGCUAUUAAAUUAGUGCAUGAUUUGCCAUAACUGUGAUCUAUUGGUGCUUUGAAUUUAUAAUAAGUAUCACUCGUUAUUUUCGCGCGGCGUGCUCAUUCCAUCUUGAGAGACGGCACACCGUAGUGGUUCCAUUGGGUUCAACUUUAACAUAUGGCUCAAUUUCUGUACGAAUAAUUGCUUGCAAUUAGGCUACGUCCUGCAUUCCAGGUGUACAUGCAGCUAUGAGGAAUAGAGGCUACAUUUUUCAAUGUCUACUCAUCUGCCUCACACUGACGCUCCUCUUGCAAACGAGGCCAGUGAUUGCUGAUCCUACAACAGAUGCCUUCAAGAACAAUAUCACUCUCUUCACACGGAUCCUUGACAGACUUCUAGAUGGCUAUGAUAAUCGUCUUCGACCUGGCCUUGGGGAUCGUAUAACAGAGGUGAAUACCAAUGUCUACGUCACCAGCUUUGGCCCAGUUUCAGAUACAGACAUGGAAUACACUAUAGACGUGUUCUUCCGGCAAAGCUGGAAAGACGAGAGGUUAAAAUUCGACGGGCCCAUGAACAUACUGCGGCUGAACAACUUGAUGGCCAGUAAAAUAUGGACGCCAGACACGUUCUUCCACAAUGGGAAGAAGUCAGUGGCUCACAACAUGACCAUGCCCAAUAAACUACUGAGGAUUCAAGACGAUGGCACCCUGCUUUACACCAUGAGGUUGACGGUUCACGCAGAGUGUCCGAUGCAUCUGGAGGACUUCCCCAUGGACUUCCACUCAUGUCCCCUGAAGUUUGGCAGCUAUGCCUAUACAAUGUCAGAGGUGACUUACGUCUGGACUAGUAAGGCUGCCGACUCUGUGGUGGUGGAAGGAGAGAGCUCCCGUUUGAACCAGUACGACCUGCUCGGCCAAACAGUGGGCCAAGAAACCAUCAAGUCCAGCACAGGCGAAUACACUGUCAUGACGGCACAUUUCCAUUUGAAGCGGAAGAUUGGAUACUUUGUGAUUCAGACCUAUCUACCAUGCAUUAUGACCGUCAUCCUCUCCCAAGUGUCCUUCUGGCUGAACAGAGAGUCCGUGCCAGCUAGGACUGUGUUUGGUGUAACCACUGUCCUGACAAUGACCACCCUGAGUAUAAGUGCUCGUAACUCCCUCCCCAAGGUGGCCUACGCCACGGCCAUGGACUGGUUCAUCGCUGUCUGCUACGCCUUUGUUUUCUCCGCCCUCAUCGAGUUUGCCACCGUCAACUACUUCACAAAGCGCAGCUGGGCCUGGGAUGGGAAGAGCAUUGUGAAUGACAAGAAAAAAGAGAAGGCCUCCACCAUGAAGAAGAACAACGCGUAUGCCGUGGCGGUGGCCAACUAUGCGCCCAACAUCACCAAGGACUCUGGGUUGUCCACCAUCGCCAAGGGCGGCGCCGUUGACCCCAACAUGGCGGUUGGCAAGGUGGGUGGCAAGGCAGACCCAAAGAAGACUUUCAACAGUGUGAGCAAAAUCGAUAGGAUUUCAAGGAUUAUGUUCCCUGUCCUGUUUAGCAGCUUCAAUUUAGUCUACUGGGCCACGUACCUAAACAGAGAACCGUAUAUAAAGGAUAUGGUUCCCUCAACCUAGAGGUCUCUCCCUUCUCCAUUGUAAUACAUCUGAAUUACGGAACUAAAAUAUGACCAGUAUCUGCUAACUCUUGGUUUGUUGGUACAAGACAGACAAGCCCUGGAUUGCUUUCUCUCCCCCUCUGUCCUGUUUUUUCUACACCACAUUCUGCAGUGCUUUUGGAAACAACUGCUUUUGUAAAUAUAGAUGUAUUUAUUGUCAUGACUUGUGUGUUUGGUUAUGUAAAUCAGUGAAUCUUAUGCUUUUAUUGACCAGUGAUGUUUACAUGUUUGAAAAGUCUACGAAAGGAACCUUGAGAUGUUUAUUUGCAGAAUCGAGAGAUUUAAGUCUACUUUUUUUUUUUUAAAUAGUUACAAAAAUAUAUUUCUUAUGUUAACUUUUUUUGUGGGCUAACAAUUUAAUGUUUCUCGUUAACCAGGGAUUUCUCAUUUAUGGUAUGAAGUUAUCUUUUUCUAUACAAGCCAAUGCAAAAAAAGAGUAAUCUUUUUUUUUUGUUGAAUGCUUUUGUUGUAUUGCAAUGUAACUUAUUAUUGUUAAACAAAAUAUCUACAUAAGCAAAACAAACCAUACUGUGUAAUAAUGUUUCAAAUUGAUUAUUAUCAUUUUUUAUUUUAUUUAUACAUACUACGUCGAAGGCAGGUGCCAUUUUCCUCACACAAAACAGCACUGAACUGUGCAAAAGAAAGACCAUGGGAACUACUGCAGCAUGAUAAUCUGCUGCGCGGUUUAUUUGGUAACCUGUCCUCUAUGAUAUACAUGUAUUGGAUAAGGCGAUAUUAUGUGCCAGAGCAUGACAAUGCGUUACACACACACAUUUACACGCUACUCAAUCAGAACGACAGAUUUUUACCUUGUCAGCUCAGGGAUUUGAUCUAGCAACCUUUCAGUUACUGGCCCAAUGCUCUAACUACUAGGCUACCUGCCGCCCUGUAUUGAGCACCUAGAACUGAAUGCUAACUUGAUAAGCUUCUGUAACUUCUUUUGUCAUGAAAAAUAUAUAGGUGAACUGCUUUUGAAUCAGGGGUUGGAACCAAAAUUCCAUUCUGCGAGCAACAAAUCGUUAUGCUGAAGACAAAACUCUUUAAAAACAAAUUAUAUAAAAAGUCGCCCUGCAAAGACAUGCUAAACUUUGGGAAUAGUGCAGGGUUUUACAGCAUUGCAACCAUAGGAAAAAAUACAUUGAUCAUUUGAUGUAUUUUCUGUAAAUGUUUUUGUUAUUUAUAACAUGAAAGUUUGCACAAAUACUGCGAUGUUGAAAAUAAUGUACAGUAACAGUCAAAAGUUUGGACAAACCUACUCAUUCCAGCGUUUUUCAUUAUUUUGACUAUUUUCUGCAUUGUAGAAUAAUAGUGAACACAUCAAAACUAUGAAAUAACAUAUGG